AUGAACAUCAAGCGACGCCACUCGUUCAUCGUGUCAGUCACUGCUCUCGGCCUCAUCUGUGCCUACUUUUAUUUGUCAAGGCUUUCUUGGCCUGUUUCGACAGAAGUCAAAGGCCAAGUGACUUCUCACGAUGAAGUUGCUCCAUCUUCAGAUGACAACAUUGUCUCGAAUGACAGCAGACCAGAAGCACCUGUCGCAGAGCCCACUUUCUUAUGGACUCGUCGUCCGACAAGGUAUCCGGUCCAGUCAAUAACACCGCUGCCGACAGAAAGGCCACGGAAAUUGCCAAAAGUGCAGGCAGACUUUCCCGCAGAGACGGAUCCUCAAAAGGCGCAAGUUCGUCAGCAACGGCAAAAGGCAGUAAAAGAUGCCUUCAUCCGAUGCUGGACUGCCUACAAGUCUCGCGCAUGGAUGGCUGAUGAGGUUACGCCUCUAUCUGGAACAACGCGCAACUGGUUUGGUGGAUGGGGGGCCACACUCGUGGACAGCCUUGACACCCUAUGGAUGAUGGGACUCCAUGAGGAGUUCGAGGAAGCCGUGUCAGCAGUCGUGCAGAUCAACUUUGAGACAACCUCUCUCAGCCAGAUCAAUACUUUUGAGACCAAUAUUCGAUACCUGGGCGGUCUGUUGGCGGCCUACGAUUUGAGUCAUGACAAACGCCUGCUAAACAAAGCCGUUGAGGUCGGCGAAAUGCUCUACGCCGCGUUCGACACCCCUAAUCGCAUGCCCAUUACCCGGUGGGACUUUCAGAGCGCCGCUCGCGGGGAGGAACAGGUGGCGCCUGAGGGCGUGCUGGUAGCAGAGAUCGGAUCUUUCACGCUGGAAUUUACCCGGCUGUCUCAAAUCACCGGCGACCCGAAAUGGUUCGAUGCGAUCCACCGCGUGAUGGGAAUUUUCUACCGUCAGCAGGACCUGACGAAACUGCCAGGAAUGUGGCCUGUGGUUGUUAACGCGCGCGAAGAAGAUUUCACACAGGACACGACGUAUACGUUGGGCGCUAUGGCGGAUUCGGUCUAUGAGUACCUCCCUAAAAUGCAUGCGCUCGUCGGUGGUGUCCUCCCAAUGUACGAAAGCAUGUACCGUGACGCGAUGGAUACUGCCAUUCGACAUAGUCUCUUCCGUCCGAUGACCCCUGAGGGCGCCGAUAUCCUCGUUGCCGGCGCUGCGCGUAUCGUGAGCGAAGCGGGUCAGCCAAACCGUGUCACUCUAGAGCCCAAGGGCGAACAUCUGAUCUGUUUUGCUGGGGGGAUGAUGACAUUGGGCGGACGACUGAUGCAGAAUGACACCCAUGUUGAUCUGGGCCGGAAGCUGACGGAUGGCUGCAUCUGGACGUACAAAGCGCUGCCAUCAGGGAUCAUGCCAGAGGUCUUUCAUAUGUCGCCUUGCGCAUCCGGGGCUUCAUGUUCCUGGGAUGAAGCUCAAUGGCAGAGGGAGGUACUGAGUAGGGCAAAGGGUCCACAAACCCAAGAUGCUGCAGAGGCCAUCCGCGAACAACGCCUUCCGAAGGGGUUUACUUCAAUCGCAGACCGGCGCUACCUUCUGCGGCCGGAGGCUAUCGAGUCCGCCUUUAUAUUGUACCGAAUCACCGGACGGGAGGAUCUGCUCGACGCCGGCUGGACGAUGUUCGAAGCAAUUCAAAACGCUACGGAGACGGAUCUUGCCAACGCAGCUUUAUCAGACAUCACCGUUCCCCAGCCUCCUAAGACCGAUUCGAUGGAGAGCUUCUGGAUGGGCGAGACACUCAAAUAUUUCUUUCUUCUCUUCAGCAGCCCCGAUCUGAUCAAUCUUGACGAAUAUAUAUUCAACACCGAGGCACAUCCCUUGAAGAGGGCGAAAUGA